AUGGCUCCAGAGACAUCUCCUACCGAGACCUCCCCGUUGCUUGGGUCCGCCUCUGCCGACGCUGUGUCCAAUGGCACGAUUUCUCCGCACCAUGUGGAAUCAGGGGAUCCAGCUGAGACCGAGGAGCAAGUCAAACAGCCGUUUCCUGAUGCGCAGAAGCAAAUCAAGUAUAUUGUGCCUGCAGUCUCGCUUGGAAUCUUCCUGUCGGCAGUAGACCAAACUAUUGUUAUGGCCAGUUAUGGUCAGAUUGGCAGUGAUCUUAAGGCUCUCAAUUUGACCAGCUGGAUCGCUACUUCUUACUUCUUGACUUUGACGUCUUUCCAACCUCUAUAUGGCAAGCUGAGUGAUAUCUUUGGCCGCAAGCCAUGUCUGCUCUUUGCGUAUGCAAUCUUCGGUCUUGGCUGCUUAGGUUGUGGCCUGGCGCGGAAUAUCAAUGAUCUGAUUGCUGCUCGCGUCUUCCAAGGAAUAGGCGGUGGCGGUAUGACCACAGUCGUCAGCAUUUUGAUGAGUGAUAUCGUUCCCCUUCGCGAUCGAGGCUUAUGGCAGGGUAUUAUCAAUCUCAUCUAUGCCAUGGGUUCCGGUAUUGGUGCACCAAUGGGUGGCAUUCUCGCCGACUACAUCGGCUGGCGCUGGGCUUUCCUAGCGCAGUUCCCUCUCUGCAUUGUUGCAUCUAUUUCCGUGUCCUUCUUCCUCAAACUGCCUGUUCGUGAAAGCGCCAACUGGAAGACCAAGCUGCGUCGCAUUGACUUCCUCGGCGCCGUGGUCCUUGUUGGCGCUGUUCUGGCCUUCUUGGUUGGUCUCGACCGUGGCAGUAAUGUCUCAUGGAAGAUGCCCUUGACGAUUGCCUCACUGAGUGUCUCGGCUGUCUUGUUCGUGGUCUUUAUCCUUGUUGAGACGUAUGUGGCAGUCGAGCCCUUUGCACCUGGUCGCAUCAUCUUCAAUCGUACGUCCGUUGCUUGCUACGGUUGCAACUUCUUCAGCUUUGGAGGAUGGCUUGCUGCCCUUUUCUACAUUCCGCUGUACUUCCAGGCAGUGGACGGUGUUUCGGCCACCACUGCGGGAGUGCGCUUAUUGCCAGGCAUCAUAGCUGGUGUAACUGGCUCUCUGCUUGCAGGGCUGUAUAUGAGGCGAUAUGGCAAGUAUUACUGGCUCACGAUCGCUGCGUAUACCUUCCUGACAACCGGUGUAUUUUGCGUAUACCUCUUCUCCGGGGGCGUGGUAGCCAGCACUGUCCCGAUGAUCUGCGGAAUGGUAUUGGCAGGAUUUGGCAAUGGUAUUGGGGUCACCUCCACCUUGAUCGGUUUGAUCUCAAAUUCUACUUACGAAGAUCAGGCGGUUGUCACUGCUUGCUCGUAUCUGUUCCGCUCAUUGGGCUCCGUGAUCGGUCUCUCUCUCGCAUCAACUGUUGUUCAGCAAUUGCUACGUGAUCGAUUGAGAUUAGGCCUGCGUGACAGCAAAAAUAUCGACCAAAUCGUCGAGAAAGUGCGAGAAAGUCUCGACUUUAUCAAGACCCUCGAUCCAGCAACUGCCAGUAUUGUCCGAGGUUCCUAUGGUUGGUCUACCAACAAGGGUUUCGCCUUUUUGGCUGUUGUGGUAUUCUUCUCCUUGUUCAGCAGCUGCUUUAUCCGGGAAAGCAAACUCAGCCGCUAA